AUCCUGCACCGGGAAGCUGCUGCCCCCUCCCUUGCUCACACAGGGUUUUGCAGCAGUGGUGGCAGCCGCCACUGAUUCGGGCAUUGGGGAAGCAAUUGGUUUGCCAGCAGCCCGGAGUUGCCUACGUGGAUGACAGAGAGAAGAGAGAGAGAGAGAGAGAGAGAAGAGAAGAGAGGAGAGAGAGGAGAGAGAGAGAGAGAGAGAGAGAGAGAGAGAGAGAGAGAGAGAGAGAGAGAAGAGAGGCUCACAGAGCGAAAACCUUCAUCCAUGUGGAGGGCAGCCUGAGGGACUGCCUUUUCCACUGACUGGUCCCACUGACUGGUCUGACUUUUGUCCUCUUCUGGCAGUGGCACCUCCACUGAGCUUUCAAACCAAGUCAUCGGGAGUUAGCAUCUUCCCACCCAGCAGGGAAGGGAGGAGUUGGCAAGAAUUUGGCUUACCCAUACCCCCUGCAAUCCUCUGGUGUCGUGGAGCGCGGAAAACUCUGCCAUGACUGAUACCGUGUUCAGCAACAGCUCUAGUCGUUGGAUGUGUCCCAGCGACCGACCCCUUCAAUCAAAUGAUAAAGAACAGCUCCAGGCAGGCUGGUCUGUCCAUGCCGGUGGUCAACCCGACAGACAGAGGAAGCAGGAAGAGCUGACAGAUGAGGAGAAGGAAAUUAUCAACCGGGUGAUCGCUCGGGCUGAGAAAAUGGAAGAAAUGGAGCAGGAGCGAAUCGGGCGCCUGGUGGACCGUCUGGAGAAUAUGAGGAAGAACGUGGCUGGGGAUGGGGUGAACCGCUGCAUACUGUGUGGAGAACAGCUGGGGAUGCUGGGCUCUGCCUGCGUAGUGUGUGAGGACUGUAAGAAGAAUGUCUGCACCAAGUGCGGGGUGGAGACCUCCAACAACCGCCCACAUCCCGUGUGGCUUUGCAAAAUCUGCAUCGAGCAGAGGGAGGUGUGGAAGCGUUCUGGAGCAUGGUUCUUCAAGGGCUUCCCCAAACAGGUCCUCCCACAGCCUAUGCCCAUCAAGAAGGCCAAGCCCCAGCAGCCUGUCGGCGAGCCCGCUGCCGCUGAGCAGCUCACCGCUGAGACCAAGCACCUUCCCCGGGCUGCAGCUCAAGGUGACACUGAUGACAGGAGGGGCCCAGGUCAGAAGCCAGGCCCUGACCUGACCUCAGCUCCUGGUCGAGGGAGUUAUGGGCCUCCUGUGCGCCGGGCGUCUGAGGCACGAAUGAGCUCAUCCAGCCGGGACUCAGAGAGUUGGGACCAUGGCCACGGCUCGGCUGCCAGUGACUCCAGCCGGAGCCCAGCAGGUGACAGAGGUUUGAGACGGGCCAACUCAAUCCAGGCCUCCAGACCUGCCCCCACGUCAGUGCCUCCUCAGCCUGCGCAGCCAGGGCCCCCAGGAGGCAGCAGACCCAGUCCUGGGCCAGCAGGACGCUUUCCGGACCAGAGACCAGAGGUGGCUCCCAGCGAUCCUGGCUAUACAGGGGCCACUGCCCCACCCCGGGAAGAGAGAACGGGGGGAGCUGGAACCAGGGAGGACCGAGCGGGCUACCCAUCGGGCCCCUAUUCCCAAGCGUCUGCUGCUGCCCCCCAGCCUGCCGUGGCCCCUGCCCGUCAGCCCCCACCCCCGGAGGAGGACGAGGAGGAAGCCAACAGCUACGACUCGGAUGAAGCAACCACCCUGGGUGCCCUGGAGUUCAGCCUUCUUUACGACCAGGACAACAGCUCCCUGCACUGCACCAUCAUAAAAGCGAAGGGACUGAAGCCCAUGGACUCCAAUGGCUUGGCCGAUCCCUACGUUAAGCUGCACCUCCUGCCGGGAGCCAGCAAGUCCAACAAGCUUCGGACAAAAACCCUGCGAAACACUCGGAACCCCAUCUGGAAUGAGACACUCGUCUAUCAUGGCAUCACAGAUGAGGAUAUGCAGAGGAAAACCCUCAGGAUCUCUGUCUGUGACGAGGACAAAUUUGGCCAUAACGAGUUUAUCGGUGAGACCAGAUUCUCACUCAAGAAACUGAAGCCCAGCCAGAGGAAGAACUUCAAUAUCUGCCUAGAGCGGGUGAUCCCGAUGAAGCGUGCUGGGACCACCGGGUCCGCCCGAGGCAUGGCCCUUUAUGAGGAGGAGCAGGUGGAACGUAUUGGUGACAUAGAGGAACGAGGCAAGAUCCUGGUGUCCCUCAUGUAUAGCACCCAGCAGGGUGGCCUCAUCGUGGGCAUCAUACGCUGCGUGCACCUGGCCGCCAUGGAUGCCAAUGGCUACUCGGAUCCAUUCGUCAAACUCUGGCUGAAACCAGACAUGGGAAAGAAGGCCAAACACAAGACUCAAAUUAAGAAGAAAACCUUGAAUCCCGAAUUUAAUGAGGAGUUCUUCUAUGACAUCAAACAUAGUGACUUGGCGAAGAAGUCACUGGACAUCUCAGUCUGGGACUAUGACAUUGGCAAGUCCAACGAUUACAUCGGAGGCUGCCAGCUGGGGAUCUCGGCCAAGGGAGAGCGCUUAAAACACUGGUAUGAGUGUCUGAAAAACAAGGACAAGAAGAUCGAGCGCUGGCACCAGCUACAGAACGAGAACCACGUGUCCAGCGAUUAGGAUGGUGCCAAGUCCCCACCUCCAUGCCCCACCCGCUGCCCUGGUCACCGCGCCGCCUCCCGAGCCUGCCCCGGCAGCCCAGUGCACUCUGGUGUUUCUUCUCUACACCUCCCCACCCCACCCCCUGCCACCCUCCCAGAGCCUGCCCUGGAGGUCUCCCCCUCGCUGUGGGCACUGCCGCCAAAGACCUUCUCCUCCUUCCGUGAUGCUGGGACGCGGGCCCUGAGCACAGCCCGUGUCUGGUCCCUCCAAGAUGGGGCAGUAAGGAUAGGGGUGGGGAGACUUUUACAAGGAGGGUGUUCAUUUAACCACCUUCCAGUUGGGGUAAUUACAAACGUUCUGCAGCAUGUAGGACUGUUUUUCAGACCCUCCUGGCCUUGAACAGGUGCACACAUACACAACUAGUAUUUACUGUGUCGUGUCUGCUGUCUGCGUGUCGCCUCAGUGGUCAACAGACCUGACAAGGCUGUGAGGACCUUGUCUUGGGGCAGAAAUAGAGCUCCCAGUUUCCCACCACCUUUCCACAUACAUACCCCAAUUGCCAGGAAAACGCCACCAUGUUCAAAAUCCCUGGUGACUAGGGACAGUCUCCCAGCUCCCAAAUGCUUCAAGAAAUGGACACGUAGAAUACACAAAGGGACUCAGUAACCCCCUCUUCAGGAUGUCACCUGUUUGCUUACUAGCAAAAAAACAACACCCGUUCUCUACCACCCCCCACCACCCCUGCUUCUCUCUCCUCCUCUUUCCCUUUCCUGUCCCUGACACCACACCAGACUCCCCUUUGCACCCUCUCACCUCUUCUCUCUGCUCCCAUCUCUCUCCCCUUCUCCUCUCUCCCUCUCCAAGGGUGUCACAUAGCAAAAGCAAAGAAUCUCCUAACACAGCCUUCCGCCCUCACCUCCUCACCAGCCUGACCAGCAAACGCUGAGAAACUGGCAAAACUCUGAAAUUCCACUUAGGCCGGCGCUUGUUCAAACCACCCCCUUCUCCUGUUGGCAGAGCUAGGUGGCCUGGGGCUCAGGUGGGCUGCUGGUGUGUCCCCGGUGCAUGGCGGCGAGCAUCCUGUCCCGCAGGCUGUGUAGCUGCCCCACUGAGGGGCCUUCUCGCCCCCGGCCUCCCCAAGUGGGCGCAGAGGAUAUUUAGAAACCAGAGCUCUGGGUCCGAGGGGGGCCUCUCCAAAGCCUUGGCAUUUAGGUUUCAUGUCCUCUGCUCUUAGUUAAAUGAAGCUCGGACCCAUCCCAGACCCUGAUUCUCUGCUCCUUUGACUCUCGCACCGGUUCUCCCUCCGAACCCCCUCAAUCUCUCCGUCUCUCUUCUCUCUUGCAACCCCUUCACCAAGUGUAUCGGACGAAUAAAAUGCCAUCAGCAGGGAUCUAAAACUUUAGAGACUGACAGGCCCUGAUGUCAAAACCUUUUGUUCCAUCAUGAAUCAGUCUUUUCCUUAUAAAAAAAAAAAUUAAGGAGCAAAAGGCAA